AUCUGUAAAAACACUUCACCACGCCCUCACACCACCACCAACUUCCGUGACUCGCCACUAACGCCUCUCCUUUUUCUCUUCCACAAAAAAAAAAAAAAAAAAACCUAAAUUCAACCAAACAUUUGUUUCGAAACGUUAAAUUAUGUUUAAAUUUCCUUAAAUAAUGUCAGUUUCAGAGCUGAAAGAGCGGCACAUGGCCGCUACACAGACUGUAAAUGAUCUCCGUGAAAAACUUAAGCAAAAACGUCUCCAAUUACUCGACACUGAUGUUUCUGAUUAUGCAAAGUCUCAAGGUAAAACUCCGGUUACCUUUGGCCCAACAGAUCUGGUUUGUUGUAGGAUCCUUCAAGGACACACUGGAAAGGUAUAUUCACUGGACUGGACUCCUGAAAAAAAUCGUAUAGUCAGUGCAUCCCAAGAUGGUAGAUUAAUAGUGUGGAAUGCUCUCACAAGCCAGAAAACCCAUGCAAUUAAGCUUCCAUGCGCUUGGGUCAUGACCUGCGCCUUCUCUCCUAGUGGACAGUCUGUUGCUUGCGGUGGCCUUGACAGUGCCUGCUCUAUCUUCAACUUAAAUUCACCGAUUGAUAAGGAUGGGAACCAUCCAGUAGCAAGAAUGCUUAGUGGGCAUAAGGGGUAUGUGUCUUCAUGUCAGUAUGUCCCAGAUGAGGAUACUCACCUAAUAACUAGUUCCGGUGAUCAAACAUGUGUUCUUUGGGAUAUUACUACUGGCCUAAGAACUUCUGUAUUUGGAGGUGAAUUUCAAUCUGGACACACCGCAGAUGUACUAAGUGUCUCAAUUAGUUCAUCCAACCCCAGACUGUUUGUGUCUGGGUCCUGUGACACAACUGCUCGACUGUGGGACACCCGAGUUGCUAGUCGAGCUCAACGAACAUUUCAUGGUCACGAGGGAGAUGUUAAUACUGUAAAGUUCUUCCCUGAUGGUAAUAGAUUUGGAACUGGUUCAGAUGAUGGAACCUGCAGAUUAUUUGACAUUAGGACUGGACACCAGCUGCAAGUAUACUACCAGCCACACGGUGACGGUGAUAUUAUCCCUCAUGUGACUUCCAUGGCAUUUUCUAUCUCAGGCCGUCUUCUCUUCGUUGGGUACUCUAAUGGUGAUUGUUACGUGUGGGACACCCUACUAGCAAAGGUGGUCCUAAACUUGGGAUCAGUUCAAAACUCUCAUGAUGGGCGAAUAAGUUGUUUGGGACUGUCAGCUGAUGGAAGCGCCUUAUGUACAGGAAGUUGGGAUACAAACCUGAAGAUUUGGGCUUUUGGAGGGCACAGAAGUGUGAUAUGAGUGAUGAAACACCUCAUUCUGUUAUUUAUUAACCAUCCCUCUUCAUUCUCAUUUUCUUUCAUGGCUAGCCUUUGUUUCGCGUUUAGUUUGGCAUCUUCAUAACCUGUAAAUCUCUUGUAUUCCAGUUAAUAUUUCAGUCAGAUUACGAAACGUGUUCCUACUUGUGAUCAUAUGAAUCUGACAUGUAUUACUGGACCAGCACCAGUUGUCAAGGAUAUAACCUGUUUGUUUGUCAAAAUUGUCCAAGCUGUUGAGAUACCGAAAUGCUCAAUUGACAGAACAGCCAAUGCAUAAACUUUUGCUUUUGGGGUUUAGCCUCAAUGUUUCCA